GGGGAUGCGUUGACGGAUGAAUGUGGCAUGAGCGUUCGCUAUUUGUUCCGAGGCCUGAAGCUGCAUUGUACCGAGCAGUGCGUUUGCCAACACGCAUUCUCCGCCAUGGUGUCCACCUCGCUAGAGAGCCGCCCGUGCAGCCUAGCGUUGCAGUCCCCAGACCCCGAGGCAUGUUGUCCGUAGCCAUUUCGGCUGAAGUCCCUGGGCCCCUGCCGCAGUGCUCAAGCAGCGUGGGCGCGGGCUUCCGAACGAUGGGCGUGCUCGCAGGGGUUGCCAUACAGCUCACGUUAUCUUUCACAGUGGCAGCCGACGAGUUCACUGGUUACGUGGUGGACAACUACUGCUGGGACCAGCCGGGUCAUCAGGGCAUCGAUGGGUCUCAGCUCGGCACCGCUCCGGGAACACACGCCCUUCAUUGUUUGUGGCAGGUUCCCGCAUGCAAGGCUCUGGGUUAUGUGCUUCUGGAGGCGCUGUCGACACCCACGUCUGAUGGCUAUACUUACGCUGCGAAGCAUCAGUUGGAUGAUAUCGGGGACGCCCUCGUCACUGAAAUGGGCCAGGCAGAGCAAUCACGUGCUGGUGAUCGCUCCUUCGACGAACAGGUAACAAUCACUGGCACACUGGUCAACAACGAGAUCGUCGUCGAGCGAGUGUGCAUAACACCAUCAGUGAGCAACACGGCAGGCGACACGUUUUGUUUUACUGAGUCCACGUUGUCACCGACAUCGACGCCGCCAGACGGGGGCGAUAUCUCACUAACCAGUGCCUCCCUGCGGGCGGCCUCAGCCAGCGUGCUGGCUCUGGGCUCUCUGAGUCAGCUUGCAAGCACGUAGGCAUCUGGAGCAGCACGCAUCGCAUGCGCCUGCGUCGGGGGAGGGGGCUCAAUGACACGCCGUCCGCGUCCGUGUGCCUCUCGCUCCUUCCCCUCCGCUUCCUCCGUUCUGCUCCCAGGUCUCCAUCCCUCCUUCUUCCUGAUGGCCUCCACUGUCUGGCAACUGCGCACGCCGAGCUUUGCAGUGCGGCUGACGAAUUGAUUGAGCUAUGCCUCAGUAACUAAGCAUGCACGUCUCGGCAGCGGCGGCGAUCGUGGCGAGUCCCGCAAUUGUCUAGUCCCAUCGUCGCGUUGUCGUUUAUGAUUUGUUGCAGCAUUGUAUAGUGGCUAUACGCUGCGGUCUUAUCUUGCCAACUGUUGACAAUCUAAGUGUACCAAUUGUUGCCAACUGUUGGCUCAUGGCAGACUGAGGUCUGUGGGACAAAAAAGAGGUGCCCCUUGUACUUCUGCCAGCGACUAGGACGAUGGAAGCGUAGAGGCACUCGCGGUCGCCGCUUCGCCUAAGCCCGUAGGGAGACUGCGUCCAGUCACUUGCUCACGGCGCAGUCGCUGCGGGCCACUUUGCGUCUUCAUCUGAGCCACAGCAGCAGCUGCACUGCCCCAGCAGCGCCGGGGUCAUCCAGCGCGAAUGCCAAGACGAUUCCAGUGGGAUUGCGUCCAAUCCUUGAGGCAAAACCAGAUUUUGACGGGUCAGUAUCCAAUGCUGCAGUGCUGCAUCCUUCGAC